CGUCGCAGGAAGCGGCCUCGUUCUGGGAAUCCGGGCAACACCUACCGAAAACAGGGAGACGGCCGAAGGGCGCUGCGGGCUUCGAUCGGCUCUCCACCCGUAAUAUGGGCGAAUUUUAACACUAAAACGCAGGGGGUGACAUUCUUACCGUUUCGAACACUACACGGACAACGUUCCGCAGCUUUCUGAAACACGCCUGAAGAGCAGCAUGUCGCGGGGUGCGCUGCAGCCGAGCCAGCAGAAGCUGGCGGAGAAACUGACCAUCCUGAACGACAGGGGGAUCGGGAUGCUCACCCGCAUCUACAACAUCAAAAAGCAAGGACAAGUUUGGAAGGCCUGUGGAGAUCCCAAGGCAAAACCUUCCUACCUGAUUGACAAAAACCUUGAGUCAGCCGUGAAGUUCAUUGUCCGAAAAUUUCCAGCUGUGGAAACGCGCAACAACAAUCAACAGCUUGCACAACUACAAAAAGAAAAGUCAGAAAUACUAAAGAAUCUAGCUUUAUAUUACUUCACAUUUGUUGAUGUUAUGGAAUUUAAGGAUCAUGUUUGUGAACUGCUAAACACUAUUGAUGCUUGCCAGGUUUUCUUUGACAUUACUGUAAAUUUUGACCUUACAAAGAACUACCUGGACCUUGUUGUAACAUACACUACACUAAUGAUAUUGCUGUCUCGGAUUGAAGAGCGCAAAGCAAUUAUUGGACUCUACAACUAUGCUCAUGAGAUGACGCAUGGAUCAAGUGACCGGGAGUAUCCCAGACUGGGACAAAUGAUAGUAGACUAUGAGAAUCCACUAAAGAAGAUGAUGGAAGAGUUUGUCCCUCACGGCAAGUCUCUGUCGGAUGCCCUGAUCUCCCUCCAGAUGGUGUACCCCCGGCGGAACCUGUCGGCCGACCAGUGGAGAAACGCCCAGCUACUGAGUCUGAUCAGUGCUCCCAGCACCAUGCUGAACCCAGCCCAGUCGGACACUAUGCCAUGUGAAUACCUGUCUCUGGAUACCAUGGAGAAGUGGAUUGUGUUCGGGUUCAUCCUGAGUCACGCAGCCCUGAACAGUGACCCGGCAGCACUCAGUCUUUGGAAGCUCUCCCUCCAGAGCAGCUCCUGUCUCUGCCUUUUCCGAGAUGAGGUCUUCCAUAUCCACAAAGCUGCCGAAGACCUUUUUGUCAAUAUCCGCGGCUACAACAAACGUAUAAAUGACAUAAGGGAAUGCAAAGAAGCAGCUCUGUCCCACGCGGGUUCCAUGCACAGAGAAAGACGCAAGUUCCUGCGGUCUGCCUUGAAGGAGCUGGCGACAGUGCUCGCUGACCAGCCAGGGCUCCUUGGACCAAAGGCCCUCUUUGUGUUCAUGGCCCUCUCCUUUGCCCGCGACGAGAUCAUCUGGCUGUUGCGCCACGCCGAUAACAUCCAAAAGAAAAGCACAGACGACUUCAUCGACAAGCACAUCGCAGAGCUGAUCUUCUACAUGGAGGAACUGAGGGCUCACGUGCGGAAGUACGGCCCCGUCAUGCAGAGGUACUACGUCCAGUACCUGUCUGGCUUUGACGCUGUGGUGCUCAAUGAACUUGUACAGAACCUUUCGGUUUGUCCUGAGGAUGAGUCCAUCAUCAUGUCCUCCUUCGUGAACACUAUGACCUCCCUCAGUGUAAAACAAGUGGAGGAUGGUGAAGUCUUUGACUUCAGGGGCAUGAGGCUGGACUGGUUCAGACUGCAGGCUUACACGAGUGUGUCCAAGGCCUCUUUGGGAAUCGCUGAUCACAGGGAAUUGGGCAAGAUGAUGAACACUAUCAUUUUUCACACUAAAAUGGUCGACUCCCUUGUGGAAAUGCUUGUGGAAACCUCUGAUCUCUCCAUAUUCUGCUUUUACAGCCGGGCAUUCGAGAAGAUGUUCCAGCAGUGCCUGGAGCUGCCCUCCCAGUCACGCUACUCCAUUUCCUUCCCCUUGCUGUGCAUGCACUUUAUGAGCUGCACCCAUGAGCUGUGUCCCGAGGAGCGGCACCACAUUGGGGACCGCAGCCUGUCGUUGUGCAACAUGUUCCUGGACGAGAUGGCCAAGCAAGCACGGAACCUCAUCACGGACAUCUGUACUGAGCAGUGCACUCUGAGCGACCAGCUGCUGCCAAAACACUGCGCCAAAACCAUUAGUCAAGCGGUGAACAAGAAGUCGAAAAAGCAGACAGGGAAGAAGGGGGAGCCGGAACGUGAGAAGCCAGGGGUGGAGAGCAUGAGGAAGAACCGGCUCCUGGUGACCAACCUGGACAAGCUGCACACUGCACUCUCAGAGCUCUGCUUCUCCAUCAACUACGUGCCCAACAUGGUGGUCUGGGAGCACACCUUCACUCCACGAGAGUACCUGACAUCUCACCUGGAGAUCCGCUUCACUAAGUCCAUUGUGGGCAUGACCAUGUAUAACCAAGCCACGCAGGAGAUUGCCAAGCCUUCAGAGCUGCUGACCAGCGUGCGUGCCUACAUGACCGUGCUGCAGUCCAUUGAGAACUACGUGCAGAUUGAUAUCACCAGGGUCUUCAACAAUGUGCUACUGCAGCAGACCCAGCACCUAGACAGCCAUGGGGAACCCACCAUCACCAGCCUCUACACCAACUGGUAUCUGGAAACUUUGCUGCGCCAGGUCAGCAAUGGUCACAUUGCAUACUUCCCAGCCAUGAAGGCCUUUGUCAACCUACCCACAGAAAACGAGCUAACCUUCAAUGCCGAGGAGUAUUCUGAUAUAUCUGAGAUGCGGUCGCUUUCUGAGCUUUUGGGACCAUAUGGCAUGAAGUUUCUCAGCGAGAGCCUCAUGUGGCACAUCUCCUCCCAGGUGGCUGAGCUUAAGAAACUGGUGGUGGAAAACAUGGAGGUCUUGACUCAGAUGAGGACCAGCUUUGAUAAGCCUGACCAGAUGGCGGCGCUAUUCAAAAAGCUCACUUCGGUUGACAGUGUGCUGAAAAGGAUGACCAUCAUUGGCGUGAUCCUCUCAUUCCGAUCCCUGGCUCAGGAGGCACUUAGAGAUGUGUUGUCAUAUCAUAUUCCAUUCCUUGUCAGCUCAGUAGAGGACUUCAAGGACCACAUUCCUAGAGAGACUGAUAUGAAGGUGGCAAUGAACGUGUACGAGCUGUCUUCUGCUGCAGGACUGCCCUGUGAGAUUGACCCGGCUUUAGUCGUGGCACUGUCUUCACAAAAGUCUGAGAACAUCAGUCCUGAGGAAGAGUACAAGAUUGCCUGCCUGCUGAUGGUCUUCGUAGCGGUGUCCCUGCCCACGUUGGCAAGCAAUGUCAUGUCCCAGUACAGUCCUGCAAUUGAAGGACACUGCAACAACAUUCAUUGUCUGGCCAAAGCGAUAAACCAGAUAGCCGCUGCUCUGUUCACGAUCCACAAGGGCAGCAUUGAGGAUCGACUGAAAGAGUUCCUGGCUCUCGCCUCGUCCAGCUUGCUGAAGAUCGGCCAGGAGACGGACAAAGUAACCACACGCAACAGGGAAUCUGUUUACCUGCUCUUGGACAUGAUCGUCCAGGAGUCUCCAUUCCUCACCAUGGACCUGCUAGAGUCCUGCUUCCCCUAUGUCCUGCUGAGGAACGCCUACCACGCCGUCUACAAGCAGAGCGUCAGCGCCUCAGCCUAAAGACCACCCUCCUGGGACCACAUGGGCCUCAGUCACAUGACCACUGUGGGCUCCUCCUAUUGGAUAGUCUUAAGGGAAAGAGCAGGAACUGCGUGGGAUCGAAACAUGCAAGAAUUUUGAGGAACAAGACCUUUUUUUUUGUUUUUCUUUUUCAUAAAACUGUAUUAAUGAACAUUUGUUUCUUAUAACAGUUACAGUAACAUAUAAGCUUGGUUUAUGAGAAUUAGUGACACUAUUACGUUUAAGUUUUGAAGAGCGUUUGUGUUUCAAAAAUUAAAUAGAAAUGCAACACAACAUGGGGGAGGAGGCUGGUUUUAAAUAUCUCUUCAAUAAUGCAGAAUAUGUUGCUUGUUUAUUGACAUGCUUUGAUGCGCAGUGGUUCUUUUUAGAUGGUUGUACUAGAUUUCAUGUGUGUGGGUUAUAAUGUGCAUUUUUUCUGUGGACUUGCAUUUUUUUUUACACUUUUUUUUUUCCUUUUGAAAUAUUUGCCAAAUUAUUGACACUCUACAUCUCCCUUUUGGUUUGGAAUUGAACCGAGUUGUUGGUAACUACAUAACAGGAGCAACAGAUGGUGUUGUUUGUACAAAGCAUAGUAUAAUUUUUUUAACUAACUCUCAUAAUGCCGUGUUGGCAUGGACACCCCAUCCUAUCCAUCUGUAUGGUAUGAUAAACAUUCUUACAUAUUUAUUGAAUGUUUAUGAACUGUUCUCCUUAACCACUUUUUAUAUGUUUUAAAAUUUUGGAAACUCCAGUGUAUCUUCCAUAACAUAAUAAACAUUAGGUUAUAAUCCUC